GUCGGUCAGUGUCGGUUGGUCAGUUCAAUCGGAGAGCAUCCCUGCGCGAAGAUGCUACUGCUGCGCGGAUUGCUGCUGUUUGGCAUUGUAGCCACCCUGCGAGGCCAGCAAACACCCAACGCUGGCAAGGCGGUGCGGCUCGAAUGCUCUCCGGCGGCAUCAUCGCCGGCAGCCGGAUGCAUCCUGAAGGACGUCGACCUGCGGCAAGGGGACUCGGUCGCCAGUUCCGGCCGGCCGGCGAACGAGAGGAAGCUAGUUUUCCAACAGUCGACCAUCGUGUCCUUCCCGGCCGGUCUAUUCGAGCAGUUCCCCAGCCUCGACCAGCUGAUGGUGGCCAAUGUGUCGCUGAAGACGCUACCGACCGGUUCCUUCGAGCGCCCAACGAAGCUGACGGUGCUGGAUCUAUCCAGCAACCGCCUGGAAGCGCUUCCGGCGGCCAUUUUCCACAAGCUGGCCGCACUCCAGGAGCUACAUCUGCAGAACAACUCUCUGACACACUUUGACGGGUCAGCGAUUGCUCCUGGUGCGCCCCUGCGGUUGCUGAAUGUAUCGGGCAAUGGUCUGAGCGGGAUCGCAUCCUGGGAACCGCUGGCCAGUCUGAGAGCCCUCGAAGUACUCGACGCCAGUGACAACCGGUUGGAGUCCGUGUUCGUGACCAAAUCGGUGCGAGUGCUGCGAGCGAACCGGAACCGUGUAUCGGCCGUCAGCACCGAUUCCACCAACUUCAUCUUCGUCCUCGAACGACUAGAGCUGUCCGGUAACGAGUUGCGCGACCUGUCCGGCUUGGCACGGUUCGCCAAACUGACCCACCUCGAUCUCUCCCGCAACCACCUGGAGACCGUCGACUUGGGACUGUUCCGGUCGAUGCGUUCCCUUGCGGAGCUGAACUUGGCCGCCAACAGGCUGUUCACGGUAACGACCCCGAUUGGGGGUCCUUCGGCCGACCAUCCAGCCUUGCAGCGGGUGGACUUAUCGGGUAACUUCCUCACCACACUGCCGGCGGCCAACGGGUCUGGCGUGGCGUCCACCCAGAAGCUCCACCUGGAGGGUAACGGCCUGGUGAACUGGGAACUUCACGAGAACGCGCUCAACUGGCCGCGACUCACCUCCGUAACGCUGGCCCACAACGACUGGCAGUGUGAGUUUGCGGAGAAGAUCCAGGCCACGCUGGCGAAGAAACCGGCGAUUGCCGUGGCUGGGGACGCCACGACGGGCCCCUGCCACCGGGUUGACCAGGUCCGCCGAGGGAAGCUCUGCUGUCGGGAGCUGAAGGCCCCCUACAUGGAGCGGCUGGUCCGCGCCCGACAGGAGCUACAGAUGGAGCGGCUUGCUGCCACCACCAGGCAGGAACCUGCUGACCUGCCGGCCCCGAUGGCGGCCGGUGGUGACGUCACCAAGCUGACCGAUAUGCUGCGCAAAGCGCUGCAGAUGGUCAGCCACCUGAAGGCGACUACGGCCGAGCUGGAGGCAACCAACCGGCGGCUGACCCGGGAGCUGGAGGAGGAACAGACGAAAACCAAGGCUCUCCAGGAUGCGGCCAGCCGGGGAACGGCGGUUUCGGCCGACCCACAGGCGGCCCUGCGUCGAUCGCAGGUUGAAGUGGCCAGCCUCAGAGCGCAGCUAGCUAGGUGUGGGCCCGUCACACAGUCGCGCACCGGCCAGACGCUGAUCAUUCAAUAGAAACACAAUCGCAGGACGUCCCAAACCAGACGACUCCAUUAGCCGGGAACGGCCAGUUGGGAGGAAAAAUAAAAGGAGCGCGGAUCUUGCACUU